AUGGUUUUAUUGAUCAAUGUCAUUCUACUAUUUUUCCAUUUGUCAAAUUGUGAAUGGACUUCUAUUACAUCUUACCUCACAUAAAUAAAAACUUUGAUUUUUCGAAGACUAACGAUUGCUAUUAGUAUUCUGAAGGGUUUAAUGAAAAGAAAGAGUCAAGUAAAACAACUGCAAAUUUUAUAAAUUGUACUUAAUAAGGAAGCUACAUAACACUUAACAACUAUUCAUCAUCAGCUUAAUAUUAUAAAUCUUAGUAUAUUGUGGUUAAAUAUUUUUUAUAACUUUUGAUCUCAUAUUUUUUGGUAUUUGGAAUGAGCUAGAGAAUUUGACAUAUUCAAUCAAUAAUUAAAAAUAUGCUUGGAUUUAUAAUAAUUUCAUGGAAAAAGUUGAAAUAUAAAAGGGAUUUUGUGAUUCAAAACAGGCAUUUAUAUAGAGUGCUAAUUUUACAAUUAAUUAAACUUCGGCUAAAUGA